AUGGAAUUCACUAGUCUGCUGAAUACUUCGUUGGAUCUUAAUGCCAAACCACAAAGAAUUCUCGACGAGGCCCCACUGCUGCGGAAACAAGAGGUGCCAAGUGAUUUUAUUGAGUUGGGAAGAAAUAUUACAGUGAAAGAAGAGAGAGGUGCAUUAAUAGAGGAACUAAAUCGGGUGAAUGCUGAAAACAAGAAGCUGACAGAACUAUUAACAGUGAUGUGUGAGAAUUACAACGAAUUGCGACACCGUGUAAUGAACAUAAGCAAAAAUUCUGUAGUGGAUAAUGAUGCAUCAAGAAAAAGGAAAGCUGAAAGCAGCAACAACAAUGGCAAUACUGGUGGAACCAAUGGCCCUUCUGAGAGCAGUUCAAGUGAUGAAGAUUCAUGUAAGAAACAAAGGGAAGAACACAUCAAACCAAAGAUUUCGCGUGCCUGCGUACGAACUGAAGCAUCUGAUACAAGCCUUAUAGUUAAAGAUGGAUAUCUAUGGAGGAAGUAUGGACAGAAGGUUACCAGGGACAAUCCUUGUCCGAGAGCUUAUUUCAAGUGCUCGUUUGCUCCAAGCUGUCCAGUAAAAAAGAAGGUUCAAAGAAGUAUAGAGGAUCAAUCUAUUCUAGUAGCAACUUAUGAGGGAGAGCACAACCAUCCUCACCCCUCGAAACCCGAGCCCACUUCUGGCUCCAGCCGUGGUGUCACACUUGGCACGGUCCCUUGCCCGACGACUUCUCUAAGUUCAUCCGCACAGACCGUUACACUUGAUGUUACAAAACCAAAGCUAGCUACUGAUUCAAACAGAAAAAUGGGUACACCACAAUACCAACAGUAUCUAGUGGAACAAAUGGCUUCUACCUUAACAAAAGAUCCCAAUUUCAAAUCAGCACUUGCAGCUGCCAUUUCGGGACAGUUUCUUCAACAAAAUACUCGGGCAGAAAAAUGGUAG